CCGCGCCGGAGAACCAAGCACAGGCGGGAUCUUCUUCGGAAAACGAAGCAAGAUGAAAUGCUCCAGGCAUUCUGAAAGACUUCUUGCUCACCUCCUACUUGCCGCUGUACGAAUAUCGAGCGCUAUUUCGAAUCAGGAGGACGACACUGACCUAUACGAUUACAGUUACGAUUAUAAUGAUACUUUGGACAACAUUGAUGCAUACACACCAAGGGCAGACGUAGCGCGUCCAAGUUUGGACCUGGGUAAUUUUUCUGGAGAAUAUGAUUUCGUAACGGACUUCUGCGUAAUCGAUGGUGUAAACGCUAAUGGAAACGUGACUGCAGUUGGCUGCAAUGCCUCGUGCACAGAGACUGGGCCCAAAGCGCUAAAGAAUGGUACCGUGUGUGUUGCGAUGUCACAGGAACAACUGAAAUCGCAAGUUGCAUACAAAAACUUCUCUUGCCGUCUAGGCUCUUGUAACGAAGACGUUUGCGUAGCAAUCGUCACGGCACUCAGGGGAACAUAUGCUACAAACAUCACAUUUGGAAACCAUACAAUUGUUGUUGAAAUCGUCGACAGAGGUAAUCAUACGCACAAUAAUUCGGCAUCACUACUUGCAAGCAUCUUCGGUAUCAAUGAAACGGCGAACAGCUCGGAACUUGAUCUUGGGAAUUAUUAUUAUGGUGAUGUCUGCCUAUAUGAUGCUGUGAAUAGUAGUUGCGGCCCGGUAUCAAUUGGGUGCAACAUGUCGUGUUUAGAAGAAGGACCUGGACUGUUGCCUAAUAAUACGCUCUGCGUAGUAAACGCAACACUUCCGGAGGUCCAGGAAAUGUCGAACUACGCUAACUUUUCCUGCCUUUUGGGCAUGUGUAACAAUGGCACUUGUGUGAGCUCUGGGAACACUACAUUGUGCGAAAAGGUCCCUGUUAUGACAGUGAGCUUGGAAAAUAACAUGGCAUGAUAUUGAAAAUACAUAAGGAGCAAGCCAAUGAAAAUAAAGACUUGUGAUGUGGUACCUUUGAA